AUGCACCCCCACUUUUCUCGAAUUCGCACUCUCACGUUCCCCGCUUUUCCCCUCAUCCCCCUCGUCUCCCUCGUCACUCUCUCUUCCCCUCCUCCCGUUCUCCCCCCUCCUCCCCCUCCCCUUCCUCAUCCCGUCGUCGACCAGACACAUAUCUUCGAUUCCACCACCAACACCAUCCAAGCGACCUACAAGAUCUUCGCAGCUCUCCCCUUCCUUUAUCCCCAUCCCCCCUCUUCUUAA